AUGUUUACUUCGGCAUUGAAAUCCUUUACCUCCAAUAUUUCUGCGAAUUACACGAUAUCAACUACGCCGUCUUCGAUUGCGGGAGCAUGGAAGGUCUACGAUGGAAAAAAGAAGUCAACGGGAAAAGCCGUCUCGGUCUUCGUUUUCGAACGAAAGUCUCUGGAUUCACAUUCAGGAGGACUUAGUGGUCGGUCUGGCGGGGCCUCCUUAAGGAAAUUGCAAGAUGAGGUUAUAGCGAGAGUCAAGAAGGAGUCCAAUCUUCUCGCCAGACUGCGGCACCCUAGCAUUCUCGAGCUUGCAGAACCUAUAGAAGACACUCGGAGUGGUGGCUUGAUGUUUGCUACAGAGCCAGUGACGGCAUCUUUAUCAGGUCUAUUACAUGAGAAAGACGAUCAAGAGAGAGCCGGCGGAGUUGCUGGUAGGCCCAGUCGAUAUGUGGUUGAAGAAGCGGACGGACAAAGGCGGAGAAGAGACCUAGAGAUCGAUGAGCUUGAGAUUCAGAAAGGUUUGCUGCAAGUUGCUCGAGGUCUUGAGUUCCUGCACGAGUCUGCUGGGUUAGUGCAUGGGAACCUGACGCCAGACGCAAUAUUCGUCAAUGUGAAAUCGGACUGGAAAAUAGCCGGAUUGGGAUUUGCGGGCCCUCCAGACACUUCCAGUACGCAAUCGACAAUGGCUCCAAUUUCCCUUUCAGAAGCCUUGUAUCAUGAUCCUCGCCUACCGCGAUCCACCCAGUUGGACCUUGACUAUACAUCCCCCGAUUUCGUCCUGGAUAGCAACAUCUCAUCUUCAGCUGAUAUGUUCUCACUGGGCCUACUACUGCUUGCUCUGUACAAUUCACCCCACACGUCUCCUCUGAAGACCAACUCUAAUCUCUCGACCUACAAAAAGCUUUUCUCAUCCUCAUCAACCACCCCUUCCUCAAGUAACAAUUUCCUCUCUUCGCGCCCACUCCCGAAAGACUUGAUAUCAGGCGUACUACCUCGAUUAAUCACUAGGAGGCCUGCACAGCGGAUGAACGCUCGAGAAUUCCAGCAGUCACAGUUUUUUGAUAACAUUCUUGUCUCGUCUAUUAGAUUUCUCGACGCUUUACCGGCAAAAACGCCGAAUGAGAAGUCACAGUUCAUGCGAGGCUUGCCAAAGAUCUUGGAGCAAUUCCCGAAAUCUGUGCUUGACAAGAAAGUGCUACCCGCACUACUCGAAGAGACCAAAGACAAAGAGCUUCUAUCCCUCAUUUUGCAGAAUGUCUUCAAGAUCAUCGGGAUUUUGCCGUCCGCCAAGCGGGCUAUGACUGAUAAGAUUCUUCCACAACUGCGUGAAACUUUCAUUUCUGUCGGCGGCAAAGCUGGUGCGCACGAGCGAGAUACUGCCAAAGAAGCCGGCCUGGCUGUGGUUCUAGAGAACAUGAGUCUGAUCGGAGAGAACUGUAACGGGAGCGAAUUCAAAGCUGACGUCCUCCCAAUAUUGCAGCUUGGCUUGGAGUCCCCCACUCAUGCCCUGGUCGACAAAACCCUUGGUUGUCUUCCCACUGUUUUAGCAAUUCUAGACUUUUCCACUAUCAAGAACGAGGUCUUCCCAUUGGUGGCUGCAGUUUUCAGCAAAACGAGUAGUCUUGGGAUCAAGGUUCGUGGCCUCGAAGCUUUCGUGAUCCUUUGUGGAGGGUCUGCAACGGAGGAGACCGACACCAGCGACGGGCUUGAUGGAGCUAUAAUGGGCUCCAAAAAGACCAAGCGGAGCAGCAACGCGGUACUUGACAAGUAUACCAUUCAGGAAAAAGUGGUCCCACUUAUCAAGGUGAUGAAGACGAAAGAGCCUGCAGUAAUGGCAGCAGCCCUCGCUGUUUUCAAACAAAUCGGUAACAUAGUCGAUUCUGAGUACCUGGCGUUGGAGAUUCUGCCGGUCCUUUGGAACUUCAGUUUGGGGCCCCUCCUCAACUUACAGCUGUUUCAAGAAUAUAUGGAUCUGAUCAAGAAACUGUCCGCCAGGAUUGAGACCGAACAAACGAGGAAAUUACGAGAAAUAUCAAGUUCAAACGGUGCAAAAGACGCAUCACGAUCCCAUGAUCUUGGUUCUACGAAUGGCUUCUUCGCAACAACGAGUGGGACAGAAAACGUAGGCGCAAACGAUUUUGAGCGGCUUGUGUUGGGGAAAGGGGCCACGAAUGGUUCUGACAUGCUGGGCGAAGCCCAGUCUGGAGCUCCAAAAUCUGGUGCUCCAACCUAUUCGUGGUCAUCUCCACCACUGGUUGCGAGCCAAAAUGGACCGAUGUCUAACAUGAUGAAUCCUCCGGCCCGUACUAUUACUCCGGACCAAGCCCUCAACUCCUUCGCUACGCUCAAUCCAAAACCCAACAAUAAUACCAUGAACAGCGGACUAAGUUCUUUCACACCGAUGCAGCCUACGAUGAUGCAGCCUCAAACGGCUACAGCGUCGUGGUCUUCGACCCCAAGCCAGCAACCGAUCCGUCAAUCGCAGCCAGGUUACAUGAUGCCUCCACCGGCCCAAACCCAACAGCCUGUCACACCGUUUUCCGCCUUUUCACUCCCACCACCCCCGACGUCGCCUCAGCGUUCAGGAAUGCAAUCGCAGAGCAUGGGCUACUUCCCGGCUGUGCAAGCCGGGAACAAGGGGCAAGUACCCGUUGCGCAUCAGCCAGUGCAGCAGAAGUCCGGUUUAGAUAAGUACGAGAGCUUGAUUUGA